UUCCGGUCCUUUCGCUCAGACCCUCGCUCCCUUUCAGGUCCUUGCUUUGACGCGUCCCCUAUACCUCAAGCGUGGCUUUCUAGGAGUCUGCACCGUCGCGGCAGGCUCAGGCCUUAUUUUGCAAAGAGGCAGUCGCAUUGUCAGCGGCAAAGCCCUUCCCCCGAGAUCAUUUGCAAUGUCAGGCUUUGAUAACUUAAACACGGAUUUCUACCAGACAAGUUACAGCAUCGAUGACCAUUCACAGCAGUCCUAUGAUUAUGGAGGAAGUGGAGGACCCUAUAGCAAGCAGUAUGCUGGCUAUGACUAUUCGCAGCAAGGCCGAUUUGUCCCUCCAGACAUGAUGCAGCCACAACAGCCAUACACCGGGCAGAUUUUCCAGCCAACUCAGGCAUACACUCCAACAACACCUCAGCCAUUCUAUGGAAACAACUUUGAGGAUGAGCCACCUUUAUUAGAAGAAUUAGGUAUCAAUUUUGACCACAUCUGGCAAAAAACACUAACAGUGUUACAUCCAUUAAAAGUAGCAGAUGGCAGCAUCAUGAAUGAGACUGAUUUGGCAGGACCCAUGGUUUUUUGCCUUGCCUUUGGAGCCACAUUGUUACUGGCUGGCAAAAUCCAGUUUGGCUAUGUAUAUGGGAUCAGUGCAAUUGGAUGUCUAGGAAUGUUCUGUUUACUAAACUUAAUGAGUAUGACAGGUGUUUCAUUUGGUUGCGUGGCAAGUGUCCUUGGAUAUUGUCUUCUUCCCAUGAUCCUACUUUCCAGUUUUGCGGUGAUAUUUUCUUUGCAAGGAAUGGUAGGAAUCAUUCUCACUGCUGGAAUUAUUGGUUGGUGUAGUUUUUCGGCUUCCAAAAUUUUUAUUUCUGCAUUAGCCAUGGAAGGACAGCAACUUCUAGUAGCAUAUCCUUGUGCUUUGUUAUAUGGAGUCUUUGCCCUAAUUUCCGUUUUUUGAACUGAAUUGAUCUGGCAUGUGGACACCAUUGAGCCAAAAGGACUUUGAACUCUUAUAUUGGACCAGCAAACUGCUACAGUGCAACUCCCGUGCAGAUCUAACGUUUGACUAUUGGCGCAGUGGAAGUAAACAUACAUCUUUUGUUCAUUUUUAUAGAACUUUUGAAUACUAUGUUGGAUUUACUUGCAGUAUGACUAGCUUUAAAUGUAUGUGCUUAUACCAAUAAGAAGUGCUAUUUCUUUCCUGUUCUGCAGCCUUUGAAAAACAGAUUUUUUUCUUGCAAAUUAUAUUAAGAUGUUUUUGAUAGAUUUUUAUCAACUGUGGGAAACUGACCACAGGGCUGAUAAUCUUUUCUUAAAAGCAAUCCAGUCUUGGUUAAGAAGACACAAGAUUUACUGCAGAAAUGUUUUUCCAAGGGAUUGGGAAAGAAAAAUUGCCUGUAUUCUCAAGUUAGAUGCACUUGAAGCAAAAAAGUGAUCCCAAUGUAGAGUUUUAUGAGUUUGCCCUGCACAAAUUUGACAUUCCUUUAAAUUAUCUCAUGGAGUUUUUGCUAAAAUUCAACAAGACAGCAAGUUCCUAGUCUGCUUGAUUGUAGACAGGAAGUGUGAGCACCUGUUGAGGUUAGCAUGAACUAAACCAUAGUGACCUAGACUGAACGCAUUAAUGUUCAUAGUCGUAUCUCUGUGUUUCCUAGGAAAAAGAAAAUCACUAACCUUUCUUGAGAAAAAGAUUUAAAACGUCACAGUUUCAGUACUGCAGUUAUCAAUGUAAAGUGCAUUUGAUGCUUAGUAAUUAAAAUUUUCCCAGUUUUAACUGUGUUGAGUUGACUUUUGCUGUUUUCGGUGUCGCAUUUUCUUUAAUUAGGUUCUGGUUUUAACUUGUAUUCAUAAUUUAUUCUAAGCUUGAAGAAUAGAAGUCAUUUAGUAUAGAAUCAGAAAAGAGAUUAAAUGAAAAGCAAUGUACUUUGAGUUACAACAUUAUUUCCUUGUAUUAAAUUUAUUUGGUUCAUGUCAUGUUCUCUUGCCAGAGAAUCUAUGAGAAAAUGCUAUAUCUUGUAUUUUGAUAUAGCAUUGGCUUUUUCUGAAGAAAACUGCCUCUGAUUUUUGGACAGGCUCAUUUACAGUUGUGAGAAAGAUGCCUUAUGGGAAGGAAAAUGUUGCCUUUUUCAAAAAAGGAGACUUUCAGACCAAAUAAAAACAAACACCAAACUGAUGUUAAUGGUUCUUUUUAAAAGUUAGUUUUCAUUCAUAAAAGGAGGUUAAGAUAAUAACACAUUUCUUGUAAGAUCAUGAUUUCUGAUCUCUGGAAUCAUAUAAAUAUGUUUUUCUUCAUUAAUACUUAAUUUCCUAGAGGAAUACUCUCACUAAUUUGUUUUGGGCUGGGUUUUCAAACAUACCAAAGUGUUUUAGAGUAUUUUUUACUGUAAUCCGUGGAUAGUAUUUGUUUUGUCUUUUUCAGUUCAUUUUAUAAAUACACACUAAUAUUGUUAAAGUAGAUAUAAUGAGUGCCUUCUGUGAAUAUCCAGUUUUUCCCAAUGAUCAGUGUAGAGGAUGCUUUGGGAAUUAAAUUUCCCUACUGUUGCUUAGACUUAGACCAUUAAUCUUCAGCCAGAUUCCCCAAAUGGAUCAAAUUGUUUUAUUUUUUUGCCUCUCCCAGCCCCAAGAUAAUACUUUUUAAUUUAAAUCAAUAUUGAGAGACUAUUGUUACUUGUCUUAUAGAAUUCCAAAAUGAUUACAUGCAAACCCAUUUUAUAUAUAACGGUUAUCCUGUCAAAACAGCUUUAUAGUGGAAUUGUAUUUAAUGCAAAAGGUUAGUUCUAGAGUUUGCUUGCUACCUGGUGAAUCCUGUAUAGCCAAAAUUUCCCUUUUAAAAUUUCUCUUUAAAAUGCAAUAUAUGUAGCCAUAUUUAUGCAUACUUUAAAAACUGAAAAACUAUGUUUCAAAAAGUUAUGUGUAAUAACUUUUUUGUCUGGCAUUGUAGUAGAUUUCUCUUUCUUGAGUUAAGUUACAAGAAGAGCAUCUAGCUUGCUUUUAGGUAGGGCCCAUUUUAUACCAAAACCAUAUACAUGUACCUUUAAAUACUAGACACACUCAGUAUAACUUCAAGCUCACUUAGUGAUUGUUCCUGGAUAAUAAAUUUACCAUGAAUGGAUCUGCAAGUUCA